CACCCGCUGAGGAGACUCUCACCCGCAGAGGAGACUCUCACCCGCUGAGGAGACUCUCACCCGCUGAGGAGACUCUCACCCGCAGAGGAGACUCUCACCCGCUGAGGAGACUCUCACCCAGCGCAGGUUACUGCCGCCGUAUCUUCUGUGGCCCCCACGUGCUUAUAUGCAUGCUUGACAACGUCGCGGCAUGCUCCUAAUGAGACGACAGAUGGUGUCUUGUGGAAUGUCCUCCCAGAUCUGUGAAAGGGCGUCGCUGAGUCAGGCUGAGGAUCGUCAUCAUGAACUUCAGGAUGCUCUGUAACGUCUACAGGACUGCUGAGGUCAGCAGAGCCAGAAGACUGACAACACAGAACAGGAAGGAGAGGAGAGAGAGGAGGAAGUAGAAAAAGAGUUAAAUGAACUGAAAUUCAGAUCGUCAUCAUGAACUUCAGGAUGCUCUGUAACGUCUACAGGACUGCUGAGGUCAGCAGAGCCAGAAGACUGACAACACAGAACAAGAAGGAGAGGAGAGAGAGGAGGAAGUAGAAAAAGAGUUCAAUGAACUGAAAUUCAAUCAACUGCCACGACCACCAUGAAGCCGGUCCUGAAGGAGACAGUCUGCCUGAUCAUCCAGGUGUGUCCACAGAGGAGCAUCAAGUAACACACUGUCCUACUCAAACCAUCAAUAUGUAACCCUGUUUACAGGACAAGACACCACUCACAACCAGUUCUGGGAUAUUGGGAAAUAUUUUUGGUCGACACAAAGAUGAAGAAAGUGCUGAGUUUGUGAAGUUGGGUCAACCCAAACCACCUCCCAAACAAGAACGAUCGGUGUGACGGGCUGAGCUGUGGUUCAGUUGAGCCAACUAAAGCUCAUCAGUUCAUCAUUUCUGUGGACAGACUUCACGUCAUGGUGGGAGGAGGCGUGUCGUGGGAAGAGUCGGUAUCUGACAGGAUAUAAAGAAACUCUGGAAGCUCCAGUCAGAAGCCAAGAAGACUCACAACUCAGCUGAUCUACACAUCUUUCACCAGGUUGAAGAAAUGGCCGGCUCAGAUCCCCUUGAAGUUGCUGCAUUGGGUCGAACUUUCGCCCUGGGAACUCUCUACGAUGCUCGGGAAGAGAGACUGCUCCCAGGAUUAACUCUCCCUGGGCAGAUAACUGCUACCCCUCACCCUUACAGUAACUUUGAAGUCUCUGCAUCUGACUCCAUUGAGUCCAAGUCCUCUCUGUUGGACAUUGAAGCUUCUCUGAAGGCCAGUUUCCUGUGUGGACUGGUUGAAGUUGGAGGAUCUGCCAAGUAUCUGACUGAUACGAAGAAAUUCAAGAAUCAGAGCAGAGUGACGUGUCUGUACAACGCUACCACACACUUCAAUCAGCUGUCAAUGUCUCAACUUGAAACCAUGAUCAACCAAGAGAAAGAAUCCAUCAAGAAGGGCACGGCAACACAUGUAGUCUCAAAAAUCCUUUAUGGGGCAAAUGCUUUCUUUGUGUUUGACAGUGAGAAGUUGGAAGCCAGCAGCGUUCAGGACAUCCAGGGCCACAUGGAGGCUGUGAUCAAGAAGAUCCCUACAUUUAAUAUUGAGGGAAAAGUUGACAUCAAACUGACUGAUGAAGAAAAAGAACUGACCAACAAAUUCUCCUGCAAAUUCUACGGAGACUUCAUUCUUCAAAGCAACCCUGCAACAUUUGAAGAUGCAGUGAAGACCUUUGUAGAGCUUCCAAAGCUGCUGGGAGAAAAAGGAGAGAAGAGUGUUCCUCUGAAGGUCUGGAUGAUGCCUCUGAAGGUCUUUGACACGACUGCAGCUGAGCUGAAGAGAGAGAUCAGCGCUGGAUUAGUUCAGAAGGCGCAGGAUGCUCUCGAAGACUUACGGGAAAUGGAAAUGAGAUGCAAAGAUUCUCUGGACGACACAGUGAUCGCAAAUUUUCCACAGGUCCAAAAAGAGUUAAAAGGUUUUAAAACACGAUGUGAUCUUUAUGCAUCUGAGCUCCGGAACAACAUGAGGGAUAAAUUUCCCCUCAUCCGUGAUGGUAAAGAAGACGAGAGCUCAGUAGAAAAACUCCUUGAUGACAGAAACAAGUCACCAUUCAGUCAUGAAAAACUAGACAAGUGGCUGAAUCAUAAAGAGAGAGAAAUCAACGUCAUCAGGUCCUGUGUGGAAAUGAUGGAGGGAACAAAGAUCGUCCAUAAUGAGUCAGAGCUGGACAGAGAGGUUCUUGCUGCAGGUGUCGAUGAAGCUCUGUGCUUCGUCUUCACCUCCCUGCAGAGUGCCGACCCCGUCCUGCAUGAGAUGCACAAAUACCUGCAGACGUUUGCACCAGUGUGUUCCCAUGAAGACCCAUGGUACUACUCAGAUGAUAUUCUUGACAAAAUGAGAGAAAAAGCAGAAAGUGUCCACAAUCUUGCCAAAGCACUGAAGAACAGCCGCCGAUUCCGUUUCCUUGUGGCCGCCAUUGAUAAUAAGAAAUACACAGGAGCAACCAUCUACCACUACAAAGACGCCAAACUGGUCACUGAGGAUUUUUCAAAGCCUGCCCUCCCUCCUGUCAGGAGCAUCACAAACAGAAGAGAUUUGAUCUGGUACGCCUGUGAUCUCACCCUGGACCCAAACACAGCAAACGGCUACCUCCAUCUGUCCGAGGACAACAAGAAGGCCACGUGUGAUAGCUGGCUGUAUUAUCCUGAUCACCCAGACAGGUUUGACAGUCAUACUCAGGUGUUGUGCAAAGAGGGGCUGACUGGGCGCCGUUACUGGGAGGUAGAGUUUAGUGGUGCUGGAGUAGGAGUGUCGAACGUUUCUGUUUCUAUACUUGCUGCGUACAAGGGAGUGGCUCGAAAAGGAAACGGUUAUGACGCCAUGCUUGGACGUAAUUCAAUAUCAUGGAGUUUCAGCUAUUCAUCCAUGAUGAUGCUUUCCUAUUUUAGUGCUUGGCACAUUGAUCAGGUGUGGGCUGUUCCUGUUCCCCCCCAAACUGUCAACAAAGUUGGGGUGUUUCUGGACCAUGAAGGUGGAACUCUGUCCCUCUACAGAGUCUCCUCAAACACCCUGGAACAUCUGUACACCUUUGACUCCAGCUUCACGGAGCCUGUGUACCCAGGCCUGUGGGCUUAUGAAUAUUACAAUUAUGCGCGCAUUUGUCCAUUUGACUAAGAGCCAUGACAGAUGAGUCAGGUUCUCUGUCUGUUAAAGGUCUUAUUGAUAACAUUCAGACACUAAACGAGUCAUUCCAUCUCACCACAACACUGCUGUUGUUCCAAUCAUCUGCCCCAUAGAUUAAUAUAAUAAAGAUACCAGAUGCAAAGAUGGCCUCCAGUGAAAAUCGCUCACCUUGUGCAUACGCCAAAAAUGUUUACUUCCCAGUUCUGCAGCUCACUGCAUAUGUCCAGCAGAGUUUCAAAGGUUUUACAAAUACAGAACCACCAUGGAUCAAACAUUCAUUUUAUAAAUGCUUUUAAGGCUGCAGGGGAAUUUUUUUUUCAUUGAUUAGCUUAUGCAACAAAGUCUUGUUGGGCUGCAGCGCAUCAAGAGACGAUGUGAUUUCACAGUUUGGCUGCUACGAAAACUGUUCAAAGCCUGGUGCUCUUCCUGAGCGGCUGAGCGGCUGACGGACGCCCUCAGGUGGCCAGUCUGUUGUAGCUAAUGUUGCUAAUGCUAACUAGAUACUGUAGAAUAUUCUUAGGUUAUUCAAACAAACUGGUCACUACUGAAACUGUAGAUGCUGAUGAAACAGAGAUACCACGUGAUUCUUUCACAAUCAGAUUAAUAUUUUU